UCUUGAAUACACCCAGGAUGAGUUGGGGGUGUGGUUUGGAUGGUGUCAUGGCUUCCCCCGUCCACGAAGCUACAUCUCUAUUGAGCCGAGCGUGAAUUAAAUGUCCUUUAAUUUCGUAAAAUAAACACCAACAUUUGAAGGACUACACAUUCAAUACCUUAAUCAUGGGCACCGUCCACGCGAGGAGUCUUGACCCUCUGCCAAUGCAGGGACCUGAGUUGGGGGUUCAUGCGGAUGACAUCGAGACACCAGAAAUGGAGCAGGAAUCAAAACAAGAGGUUCUUGAAAACAAAGAUGUCAUAGUCCAGCAUGUUCACAUAGAUGGUCUGGGAAGAACCAAGGAGGAUUGUUUAACAUACGAGAUUGCUGGUGUCUUCAGAGCAAAGAACUUGAUUGACGUCAUGAAGAGAGCCCACGAAGCCAGACAGAAGCUCCUCCGUCUUGGUAUCUUCAGACAGGUGGAGGUUGUCAUUGAUACCUCACAAGGGGUGGAUGCGCUGCCUAACGGACUAGAUGUGACGUUUGAAGUGACUGAGCUGAGACGUAUGACUGGUAGCUAUAACACCAUGGUUGGAAAUAACGAAGGCAGCAUGGUUCUUGGUCUGAAGCUGCCCAAUGUUUUCGGUCGUGCGGAAAAGCUUACAUUCCAGUUCUCCUACGGCACCAAAGAGACUUCCUAUGGGCUGUCUUUCUUCAAGCCUCAACCUGGUCACUUUGAGCGCAAUUUCGCUGUUAACUUUUACAAAGUCACAGGCCAGUUUCCAUGGAGCUCGCUGAGAGAGACUGAUCGUGGCGUCUCCACAGAAUUCAGUUUCCCUCUUUGGAAGACGAACCACACCCUGAAGUGGGAGGGUGUGUGGCGAGAGCUGGGAUGUCUGGCACGUACCGCCUCGUUCGCAGUCCGGGAGGAGAGCGGCCACUCCCUCAAGUCAUCACUCUCGCAUGCCAUGGUCAUCGACACCAGAAACUCCACAAUCCUUCCCAGGAGGGGAGCCUUGCUGAAAAUCAACCAGGAGUUGGCUGGCUACACUGGAGGAGAUGCCAGUUUUCUGAAAGAGGACUUUGAGCUCCAAUUUAACAAACGUCUUUUCUGGGACUCGGUCCUGUCUGCAUCUCUCUGGGGCGGAUGCCUCCUGCCCAUUGGAGAUAAGCCAACUUGCAUUGCUGACAGGUUCUAUCUUGGUGGUCCUACUAGCGUCAGAGGAUUCAGUAUGUACAGCAUCGGCCCACAGAGUGAAGGUGACUACCUGGGAGGUGAGGUGUAUUGGGCUGGAGCCGUCCACCUGUAUACUCCACUGCCCUUCCGUCCAGGCAAAGGGGGAUUCGGAGACCUUUUCAGGACCCACUUCUUCCUCAAUGCUGGGAACCUGUGUAACCUCAACUAUGGUGACGGGCCUCGAGCACACCUGAGUAAGCUGGCAGAGUGUAUCCGCUGGUCCUAUGGAGCGGGAAUCGUGCUGCGACUCGGAAACAUCGCCCGGCUGGAGCUCAACUACUGCAUUCCCAUGGGCGUCCAGAGUGGAGACAGGAUAUGCGACGGGGUCCAGUUUGGAGCUGGAAUCCGAUUUCUGUGAUGUCGUCCUGUUGUCUUGCUGCAUUGAAUUGUGGAACACAGGAGUUUGUUUUGUUGGUUUUAGGAAGUGGGAGGUGAUCUAUAGGGGUCACUUUCAACACAGCGAAGGUUGCUGGGAAUUAAAUGUCUACUACAACCAAACUAUUGUAAGUAAAAUGGACAGGGCAUCAAUGGGGAUUUUCCUCCAGUACUAAUGAAUGAUGAGAGCCUCCAGUGCUCAAGAUGUUAAAACUAGAGGCCUUCACGGGUUCAAAAAGUUGUACCUGUUCCGAAAUGGACCUGGGGGCUUUCCCGUCCGGACCCAAUAUGCCUACAUUUUUUUGUUAAAUAUAGAGACCCGUUCCGAAUGGACACGAGGACAACUAGACCCAUUCUGCGUAGACCUGGUCGGAUCCAGUCCGGAUACGAGUGAGGGAAUUCACAUUAAAGUCAAUUUUUAAGCGACCGGAGUUGAUAAAGCGAGGGAGAGGUAGAGCUCUAGCAGGACGUGUCAGCUAGUGACACGGGGAGCAGGGAAGAGGGAGGGAGAGGUAGAGCUCUAGCAGGACGUGUCAGCUAGUGACACGGGGAGCAGGGAAGAGGGAGGGAGAGGUAGAGCUCUAGCAGGACAUGUCAGCUAGUGACACUGGGAGCAGGGAAGAGGGAGGGAGAAACGGCAACCGACUAAGCCGUCGCUCUACGGUAGAGUGAAUAGCAGCCUGUGUUAUUCUCGUCCUACACAGUUAGAAACAACUUCAUUCAGAAUAUUAAGUAGCAGCCUACCUGUUGGCUCUUUGUAGCCUAUCCCUCUCCUUUAACUUCCGUCAUUUUAAAUUAAAUAUUCCAUUGAUAUUUCCUAACUUUUGCCACACAUGGAGGCUCUAUGACUUUAGCCCAGCGUUUUCCAAACUCAGUCCCGGGGACCCUAAGCGGUGCACGUUUUGUUUGUUUGCCUUAGCACUACACAGCUGAUUCAAAUAAUAAAAGUUUUUAAUGAUGAGU